CUUGCGUCACUGCAGCUGCGCGAGACUCUGAAAACUGCUCUUUGCUCCGUAACCAAGAGAACAGCUCGGUGUUUCUAAUCAUGUAGAAGUCAAGCGAGAAUACAAAAUGCAAGUUGAAACAUUGGGUGUGAUUGAGAAUAUCAUUGGGACCAUAACAUCAUUACCAAUCUGGAACAACAGAACGUAUCGUAAGUUUGCAUGGGGAUUAAAAAUCAUCGCUCAAKUCGUUGAGAUCGUGCUUGGAGGGAUCGUCCUCGAAAAUCCAGAGGGCUACAAAGAUGCAGCCGUUGCUUAUAUCGUGUUUUUUGCACUCGAAAUCACGUUGGAUAUAACACUUUGGACAUUUCUUGGGUGUACAGGAAAACACGACGCCUGUGUAGUAGUCUCUGUCGUGUUGUCGAUCUUCUUCGAAAUGCCGAUCAUGAUCUGUGGUGUAUACUUGAUGAGAUACAAAGGUACCAUCGACUGGGACCAGCAAUUCUUUGAGCUCAUGUUUCAAAUAUGGUACAUUGUAAACCUAAUGCUUCAGAUCACUUUUGGAGUUGCCGAUAUGGUAUACUACUGGAAGUUUUGGGUAGUCGCAUUGAUUGCUUGUUUACCAUAUGCGUUUGUGAUCAUACCGAUGACUGGAUGGCACUUCUUUCCAUUGUUAUCAAAUUACCACGACUUUAUCCACGGAACGUUCACCUCUUCUCAUACACAUAACAUGUUCGAUUUCUUGAUAUUGUCUGGCAUUAUAGGGCAGUGGAUAUGGGUAAUACUUAUUAUUAUCAUUUUGGGCAUUUUUGCAAUAGCUUUUGCAUACAUGUAUGUGAUAACCAAAAAAUACUGGCAAAUUAAAUUGUUGUUAUUUACUAUUACAAUAGGCAUAGCUGGCAUAGCAUUAAUAAUAACGUUCACUCUAGAGUGAUCGCACUUUAACCGUGCAACUGURCAAAAUCUAAGUAGUACUAACUUUUAUUUGUACAAAAAGUGGACCUGAAGCAAGACGGUAUUGAAUGAUUCAUUUGUAUCAAUUCAAUUUAAUUUGCGUAACGUAUGACGUAUGCACGAAUUACUAAAUACAACUAAAUAUCACUAUUUAGUUUGUACAGUUGCAGCGAUCACUCGAUCGAAAAAGGCUGAUUAAAAGAAAAUUAUAGAAAAAACUCUUUCAUUAGAAAUGACUGUACAUUAUCAUUUGACAUAUAUACAUCAAGUAGACAUUAAGAAUUAUACAAUCUAAUUUUAACUAUUAUGACCAUGAAGUAAACACUUAAUUUUAUACUUACUUUAAUGUUAUCUGUCAAUUUACAUAUGCUUUGAACUAGAUUAUAGAGUUGCAACAUUAUGUUUUAUAUUAAGUGGUGCAUUGAAAAACUGCACUUCAUUUCAACAAAGAAAUGUGAAAGUGAACGCCACUUUGAAAUUGUACUAGCCUCUUUUUAUUAUUUUAUGCAAGUUAUAGUAACCAUCAUGAGGAAGUAGCUGAUCCCAUUAAAGUGUGCUCAAUACACAUAUAGUGAGUUAUAUAUAAUAUCAAAGUCAAAGAGGCAAGAUUUUGCUUAUACUCCGAGUUUCGUGCUCCGCACUCAUCAGACAGUAUUAUAUCUAUCAUUGAUUAAAGCAACAGGAUCAAUAACUUCGGCACUGUAUUACAUGGUAUUAGCAUAGUUUUUAUUAGUGGUUCCAGUUUGAUGUUGUAUUUGUUUAGUCGAUCGCAUGCAAAAUCAUUAUUAUUUUGUUAAUUCAACUUUCAAAACCUCUUUUCUUUUUCAAAUAGCUCUWCAGGGGUCAACGACUGAUCCAACACAAAACAAAUCUGAAUAAAAAACAAAAGCUGCGUGAAUCUUUUAGGAAUGUAUUUUAAAAUAAUCAUAGAUAUGUCCAAGACUUGUAAUGUUCAAAAUCUAAACACAAACACGCAAUAGAUCUUAAUUAAUGAUAGAUAAUUAUUAACGAACUGGCGCAGCAAUGAAAAAAUGAAAAUCAAUUUGAAAUUUUUCACACCAGCUUAUUUGCGUUAUAGAAUCUAGUUCAGUCGAAAUAUUAAUCAAAAUUGUAUUCAUAUAUAUAGGAUUUUUUAUACGUGAAUUUGCUAAAUACUUUAAAGAGUUACCUGACAAUUUACAUAUGGCUUGAACAACAGCAUAGAGUUGCAACAUUUAAGAUAAGUAGUGGAUUAAAAAUGUGAGAGUGAACUCACUUGUACUAACUUCUUUGUACUAUUUUAUGCAAGUUAGUAAACGGUUCACAAAGAGCUGUGCGCUACACUGUUCAUUUUGUGCAAAUGACAUGUGCCCGUCCUGUGAGCUAACUCGACCAUUUUUAUUGAGCACAAACUACUAGAUGUGAAUAACUCAAUAAAGUGGAUAUAACUGUACAAUAAAAUAUUGUUGUUGA